AAGAGACCCUUGAGUUGGACGCUUGUCUGCUCUUCUUUAUAGUUAUAGGAAGAGAACGAGAGCGAGAGAAGAAAAUCAGUCUUUUGGGAAUUCGCAGAAGAAGAAAAAGAGAAGAAAAGGGUGACAUGGGUCGGCCACCUUGCUGUGAUAAAAUGGGCAUGAAGAAAGGCCCUUGGACUCCUGAAGAAGAUAUUGCGUUAGUCUCUUACAUUCAAGAGCAUGGCCCUGGGAAUUGGAGGGCUGUUCCCACUAAUACAGGGUUACUUAGAUGCAGUAAGAGCUGUAGGCUUAGGUGGACUAAUUACCUCAGGCCCGGGAUCAAACGGGGUAACUUCACUGACCAUGAGGAGAAGAUGAUCAUCCACCUUCAAGCUCUAUUGGGCAAUAGAUGGGCUGCCAUUGCUUCUUACCUCCCUCAAAGAACAGACAAUGAUAUCAAGAACUAUUGGAAUACCCACUUGAAGAAGAAGCUCAAGAAGCUACAUGUGGGCGAUGGGAUCUCAGGCCUACAACCCAUAUCCAAAGGACAGUGGGAGAGAAGGCUUCAAACUGACAUACACAUGGCCAAGAAAGCUUUAUGUGAGGCCUUAUCUAUAGAGAAAUCUAAUUGCCUUUUGGAUGACUCAAAGCCAUUUACGGGAUGCUGCCCAUCCUACACCAGACCGAACAAAGCUCCAUCUACUUACGCAUGGAGCACAGAUAAUGUGUCCCGAUUGCUUGAAGGAUGGAUGAGGAAUUCACCAAAACACCAUCGAUCUGCUUCGGAAACUCCUUCCAAUUCGUGCAAUAACACGGCCGCCACCAACUCUACUUCUAGUGAGGGGAACAUGAGCACGAUCAACACUGAAGUUAUAUCUCAUGAGGCUCUCGAAUCAUUUCUAAGUUUUGAUUCUUCCACACCAGAUGCCACUCAAUCAAUCUCAUUCGAGGAGACCGUCAACUACAGGCCUGAUCUGAGCCAUUUCCGAGCUGAUGGAGAGUCGGACACAAAUGCCCCUCUUUCCAUGCUUGAGAAGUGGUUAUUGGAUGAAUCUGUUGGACAAGAACAAGAUGGAAUGAUGGAUAUCUCACUAGUUGAUUCUAACACCUUGUUUUGAAGAGUUGUUCCUUUUGGGUAUUUUGGGACUCUUUCUUUCUUUUUUUCUUUUUCUCUCUCUCUUUUUUUUCUUUUCAUGUUUGUUUCGAGCCAUGAAGUGAAGCAAUUCUCUUGUGGGCUUGAUCAGAAAGAAGUCCUAAAAUGCAAGAAAAGAAGUUUAAUAUACAAACAUGGAAAUGAAUAUGUAUGCAAUGAGAAUAACAAGUCUCCAAAUUCCAACUGUAAGAAAGCUUGCCGUGUUAGGGAUUUGUCGGUGUAAGGGGCUAGAAAGCUUACUAGUCUGUAAAUCUAUGGUGAAUAUAUAUCAUCUAUAAAUGAAAAGUACGGUUUCACUUUA